UUUCUGCGGUCGCCGAAUGCGUGGACUCCCAAUUCCCGUAACUUGUUACAAGCAUCCACUUCCAAGUUGAGCAUCCAUGGCCCCAAAAUCCAGCAGACCUCACUUGCUAAUUCAACGAAUUCAGAGAAGUUAGCCCUUUUCGAUUCACAUAUACCAUAAAGAGCAGUUUGGUCUUAAGAUCUGUUUCAGAAAGCUGAAAACAAACUGAGAUUUUGGGACCAUGGCAGUAAAAUUAAAAAUGGGACCCAAAUAACCAAAAAGGGGAAGAAGUGAAGUAGAAGAAGAGUAGCGGAAGUUGCCAUUGCCAUAUCCUCGAUCCCCACAGACCCCUUUUCUCAAAUCACAUAUAAGUACUAUUUUUAUAAUUCUGCAGAUUCAGAUUCAGGAAAAUAAAUAAAGAAAAUAAAUAAACAAACGAAUACAAAAGCAAACUCAAAGCGUCAUUCAGAUUCAGAUGGUAUGAUUUGAAGAACCAUUCAAUAGUUCUCUUUCUUCAAUCUUAGUUAUCUUGCGGUACCAAGCUUGUGAAAAAAAUGUAUCCCGAGCGAAGAAACAAAUGGCCAUAUGCAGAACAUCCAAACUCUGACAAGAAUGUCAGAAGACAUGAUAUUUAUGGGCAAAUAUCGCCCGAUAAAAAAGAGACAAUGUUACUACAACGCCGCACCAAAGAACUUGAGCGGCAAAAAUGGAAUAGUUCCAUAAAAUCGACAGUUGAUCCAGAUGAAAGAGUAAUGUAUCAAUGUCACCCUAUGAUUCGAAAAGAUAGUGCUCUUACCAUAACAGAGGCUUCGUCUGCUGACGAUGAAGUUGGCAGCAAGCAUGAUGUUAAUACUUCCUCAAGUUCUUUGGAUAAAGGAAAAAAUGUCGGUCAUGCGUCUUCUGUAUUUGAAAGAGGAUCAACAUCGCGUAUAUAUAAGGGACAACAUAAUGUCUUCCCUAUUGCCACACGCAAAGGAUAUAGAACGUGGACACGUCGCCAAAAACGUAACGUAAUCGGACGUGUUGUAACAUGUCACCCAACAGAAGGAGAGAGGUAUUAUCUCAGGUUAUUAUUGAUGAACGUGAGAGGACCUAAAUCAUAUGAAGAUCUUCGCACCGUUAACGAGGUACGUUGUAGUACAUUUAGAGAAUCAACAGAAAAAAGAGGAUUAUUAUAUUGUAACAACAGUUUAAUUGAAUGAAUGUCGGAGGCUGUAAACUAUCAAAUGUCGUAUAGCUUGAGACGUUUAUUUGCGACAUUGUUAGUAUAUUGCAAUCCUGCUAAUCCAAAAAUAUUAUGGGAAAUGUUUGAAGAUUCAAUGUCCGAAGACUUUAAACAUUUCUCUGAAUUUCAAGGAAAAACCAUUCGGCACAAGGUUUUAAGCCAUAUCAAUGAUAUUUUGUACUCUAUGGGACACGACAUAAAUGAGUAUAAGCUUAUUCCAGAGAAUAUUAGACCUUCUGAAAUUUCAAAGGAUGCAAAGGAUGUUCAUUUUGAAAGAAAUAUUAUUGUUAGUGAAAAAGACUUGAUCUUACCGAAGAGAUUGAAUGUUCAACAAUUACAUGCCUAUAAUACAAUAAUUAAUAGAGUAUUUUCUGGAAAACAAGGAGCUUUCUUCAUCGAUGGUCCUGGAGGAACAUGUAAAACUUUUUUGUACUGUGCAUUAUUGGCAACUGUCCGGUCCCAAGAAUUUAUAGCUUUAGCAACUGCAACUUCUGGUGUGGCAGCUUCUAUCCGUCCAGGAGGACGGUCUGCUCACUCCCGGUUCAAAAUGCUUAUUGAUAUAGAUGAUAAUUUUUGCUGCAACAUUAGUAAACAAAGUUCAGUCGCACGUUUAAUUAGCGAUGCAAAAUUAAUUGUAUGGGAUGAGGCAUCAAUGGCAAAAAAGAAUAUGAUUGAAGCUCUUGAUGCACUUCUGAGAGAUAUUAUGAAUGUCGAUACAAUGUUCGGUGGUAAAGUUAUUGUAUUUGGAGGUGACUUUAGACAAACUCUACCAGUUGUUCGAAAUGGGAAAAAAGAAGAUUUUAUUCACGAAAGCUUAUUGUAUUCUAAAAUUUGGAAUAAACUUGAAAAAUUGUACCUAUCUGAAAAUAUGCACGCAAGAACAGAUCCUUCUUUUUGUGAAUAUUUACUCCAAAUUGGAAAUGGAACAGAAACAACUAAUUGUGGAAAAAAAAUAGCGAUUCCUGAUUCCUUUAUUAUUCCUUUUACGACCGAAGAAGAAUCCUUAGAUGCAUUGUUUAGUGUAACAUAUCCUGAUUUGCAUGCAUUUUCUCCUGAUUCAUCUAUGAUAACAUCUCGUGUUAUUUUAACAACGAAGAAUGACUUUGUCAACGAACUACAUAAUAUGUUAAUCACUAAAUUCCCAGAAAUAUCUAAAACAUUUGUUGCAGUAGAUGAAACUAUUGAACCAAAUGAUCAAAGUCAGUUUGAAGAUUUUCUAAAUAGUUUAGAUCCUCCUGGUUUACUGCCUUAUAAGUUAACUUUAAAGGAAAAUUGUCCAGUUAUAUUAUUAUGAAAUCUGAAUCCUUGCGAAGGUUUAUGCAAUGGCACACGGUUGACAUGCUGUCACUUUAAAACACAUGUUAUAAGUGCUAAAAUUGAAAGUGGUGAUUUCAAAAAUACACAUGUAUUUAUUCUGAGAAUACGAUUGUUAACAUCACAAGAUGAAAAAAUACUUGUUCAAUUUAAGCGAACACAAUUUCCCCUACGACUGUGCUUUGCUAUGACCAUAAACAAAGCUCAAGGUCAAACAUUAGAUUUUGUUGGAAUUUACUUACGUGAACCUGUUUUUUCUCAUGGUCAACUUUACGUUGCUUUAUAAAGAGCCAAAAGUUCAAACUGUGUUAAAAUACUGAUUCGACCAUCAACAACAGACAAUAAUGAUGAUCAUUCAACAUAUAAUGUCGUUUACGACGAAAUUAUUCAGAAAGCUUUCUCGUAGGAAACCUAAUGAU